UUUAAAGAGAAUUAUAUUGAAGCUUACACGUAUCUUUAUUAUUGUGAUACGUGAUCAUUGUCGGGAAAUUAAAUUGAAAUCUCAUGACAGAAUCAAGUUUAUAUUAUUUUGGCUUUUUAAUGAAGAUGGUAAUAUAUUGUUCUUUUUUUUUAAAUGACAUUGGUUUGUUUUUGUCAAGAAAAGACAGUAUUCUAUCGUUACUUUUUUGCCAGCAACCACAAUUUGUUUCGAUGCAUGUGUUAUGCUUUGAAUGGUCUUAAAAUCGGUCUAAAAGGAGAUUUGUAGUCCGUAUAAUGUAUUUACCAUUCGCAGCAAAUUCUUAAAAGUCUAAAUAUGAGAUUGGAAUUUCUAACUGAAUGAACAAGUAAAUGUGUGUUCGUGUAAGAUGCUUAUUUUAGAAUUUGAAAAACAAAGAAACUCUGAAAUCUAAGUUGAUCUGCAAGAAAAGAAGAAAUAAUUGAAAAUAAUUCUUUGAGAAAAUCUGUUGCCAUGGAAUACCGACGUGAGAGCAGUGACAUUUCCUUGUCUAGUUCUACAGAUGAAGAAACUUCGAAAAGUCAUAAAACCGCUGAAAAGAUACAGGUACGCCUUUUGACUUUAGAAGAGAAAUAUCGCAGUUACCUUCUCUACCAACAGAUAAAAGCUUUUGAAGAGAAAGUGUACCUUAGCUAUGACAACUUUAACGUGGACAUGCUUCUUAAAAUGUUCAGAGAAAUGGCACGACGUUGUAAGGGAGCCCGUGACAUAUACACUCUCGCGGGACUACGACAGGCUCUACAGGUAGAAAUAAGAAAAGGACGCAUGCGUCAAAGAAAUAAAAAAACUGAUUUACCAGAAAGGAAACAAGAAGAACCUGAUCAAGUUGUACAAUAUUUCAUUUGGUUUUUCAAUAAUUUAAAAUAUUUACGAGAUCUUCGUGCAAACUUUGUAGACAGAGUUUUUAGUCCUCUAUUCAAAUACUUUUAUGAAUUCGGGAGUACCGGCCCAGACCGUGAACGUAACGUUGAUUCAGCAAUGUCAUUUUCAAAUAUCAGCGUAAAUUCAGUGAAAACGUUCGAUAGCCAUGUAACAGGGUUGUCCUCAUUUUCUGGAUGGAGUCAACUUGGACUCUCUGAAUCCGGAAGUCAGGAAUCUGAUGAAAACAUUCACACGACACGGAAAAAGAUGUUAGCAAGAGCUGCAUUGCUCUUACUUGGUAGGGAAUUUAGAGAUAUCAAAAACCUUUACGACUCCACAGAAGUCGAAAAAAUCUCGCACAGACUUUCGUUUUUGAAGGAACAAUUAGACUUCCUUAUUGACAACGAGUCUCAAUUUAGUUCGGAAAUGUUCAGUCAAGACAGCGAAAAGGCUGUCUGUCACUUAAAAGUGAAAAAUUCAAGAACUUAUAGUUUGAUGAGACUGAUUCCAGACAUUCUUGUCAAGUUUCAGAAGGCUGCAUGGUUAGCAAAGCGUUGGUUAGAACUGGAUGAUAUGAAAACAAAAGACUUGAAUGAGCGAUUACAAAAACUAGCAGCAUUGGAGGGACAGUUCUCAAAACGGUUAUCUGCACUGUCUAAGAAUAUUCAGGAUCACGAAUCGCAAUUAGAAAGAGGAACAAGGGAAUUACAGAAUUUAUUAAAGAGGGAAGACCGAACUAGCGACCUUGAAUUAAAAGUGCACGACUUUAAAGGGAAAAUAUCAAAACUUGAAACGGACAUGCAAAUUCUGAAUGAAGAAAAAGUAAAACUUGUCAAAGAUAUUGAAGAUACGAAAAAGACAAUAAAUGUGUCUGGGCAUAAAAACUUAUUGACAAUGUACGAAAGGAACAAACUGCAAAGAUAUGCAAUCGAAAGACAAAUAGCUGCUAUUAAAUUCCAGGAAAAUAUUGCUUUGAAGGACAUGGAGGUCGAGACUGAGGUCAAGCCAAAUAUCAUGCAUUUCACUAAUGACGUACAAGACAGGUGUGAGGAGUUAGAACGCGCACUGGAACAAGAAAAAAGAGAGAAAAAUACCCUCCAAGCUGCACUAUAUCCGAUUUCCAAAGACAAGGAAUUCAUUGCGGAGAAACUUCGCGAGAAACAAAUGCAUAUUGCUGAAGAGCGAGGACAAGUCGUAGCAAAGUAUGUAGGUAGUUCUAAUAAACCGGAAGUCAUAGCUCAAUAUGUGGGUAGUUCACACAGACCGGAUGUUUCCUUCAGGUCUCUUCCUGUUGACAAUGAUCAUGCAUUAAAUGGUACUUUAUCAAGUCGUUCUAUUUUACAUCAACCGUUUACCUCUAGAUUGCCGCCAAAUUAUCUGAUCGAAGGCCGAGAUUCGUCAAUGCAAACAUCCCCACUUUCUGACUGGUAGUCACGUGGUCUGAGUCAAAUUUUAUUGUGCAGCUUCACACGAUUAACUUUUCAGUUGAACAACAUUGUUUUGUAUUAGAUAAGAAUAAUAAAUUAUUGUAUUAUUAAUUCUUAUUGUAUAGAGUUUAAUAUUUUUAAGGAAAUUCUUGGCUAAGUGAAAAAGGAAACUGAUUUAACAACAUAUAUAAUUGGGUAGGUAUCGAUUCUGAUUUUGUUUAGAGAAUAAAAUACAAACUGAUCGGAUAUUUAUGCAUUGUUCAUUUGGGAAAGUCUUUGGACAUUGUUGAUGUUUUUUUUUUAAGUGUUAGAAGUUUUGUCAUUCCAAACUUCAAAAAUAGUAAGUGCACAUCUUUGCAGAUGGCAUCAUGCAGAUUUAAUUGAUCCAUACUUAUGCGUGACUAUUUUUGAUGAACUUGUUUAUAUGGUGAAUGCUUUAACUAUUGUUAUUAUUUUUUAUCUGUAUAUUGUAUCAUAACUCUAAAUUAUUUGUUGGGUUAAAUGUUUGUUAGAUAUUUUAUGUUGGAUUAAAUGUGUCUUAGAUAUAUAUGUUGGAUGAAAAUUCAAAUGUUUCUUAGAUGAUAACUGAAUGAUUAUUCAUGUCGGGGUUAACAAUAGUUUCAUGUAAAUAAGUGUAAUAUUUAUUUUGGAAAAUAUUUGAAAAAUUAUAAAACACGAUUAACUCAUCGAUUUGGAAAAUCGAGAGCAUAGUUAAAAACGUAUUGUCAAGAUGAAGGACAACCAACAAAAGCAGGUAUUUGUUUGAUAUGUGUUAUUGCAUGUUGUCUCAUUAUCAGCUUCACAUAAUAAAGGGAUAAAAUAUGAGCCAACAAUAGUUCAACUUAACAAAACAAUGAGUAACUAACUUCUAGUUGCAUAGCUUGUUUCAUUCAAAUUACAAACGUCAAACAGAGAUCAACCAAACGACUGGAGAAAUCAAACAUCAUCUUGAGACCAAUAGAUCAAGUGUAUACCAGAUGUCUAGCUUUGAAUAGUCGUGAUUCUAAAAAAGUUAUAAUCAUUUUAAACAAAUUGAAUCACCAUCUAAGUCUGCAGAUCUAUGUAUUUGGAUUUUAACAAAAUGAUGCGCAUGUUUGUUAGUCGUUGUAGGUAUAUGUUUGCUUUAUGCGAGAAUCACAUUUAAAAAAAAAAAAAAAAUCCAUUUACAAUGAAAUUGCCAGAAAUAAAAUUUUGUACAGACAUGUAUUGUGAAUUUUCAAAACAGGUCUUGGUAUGCUUUAUGGUUUUUUUUUUUUAAUGUAAACCGAAAUUAUGGAACCUCUCAUACCAUUAAAAUUUUUGUCUCUAGUGAAAAUUUGUCUCAUUUGCAAUCAAACCGCUUACUAUUUUAUAUGUGUACAAGUUGUUAUUUAUGUAAACAUGACUUGGUGUACAUUUAGCUAAUUAAUAAGAUUUUAUUUAUACACAGUUAUUUAUAUAUUUUAUA